AUGGAGGCUGAAGUUUCUCAGCGCCUGCUCGAAGCUUCUUUAACCGGCGAUCUGAGGUCCGCUCUCGAAUGCAUCUCCGAUCCGGUCGUUGACGUCAACUUCGUCGGUGCCGUUUGCUUGAAAACGAGGAAGACCGAAGUCGUUUUGAGAGAAGAGUCCCCGAGUGAGGUUCGCGUCGAGUAUGAGGAGUUUUCGACUGACGUCACCGCUCUUUUUCUCGCUGUUCACGUCGGAAAUGUGGCUCUCGUAAAGAAACUGUUGUCUGGGAUUCCAACUGACAUGAAAGUAAGUCUUGGAGCAUGGUCAUGGGACACUACUACAGGUGAAGAGUUUCGAGUGGGUGCAGGACUGGCUGAGCCCUAUGCAAUCAGUUGGUGUGCUGUAGAAUAUUUUGAAGAUAGUGGUGCCAUCUUGCGCAUGCUCCUUCAGCACUUCAAACUCGAGACACCUCACUACGGAAGAACCCUCCUGCACCAUGCAAUCCUUUGUGGCAGCACAGGAGCUGUCAAAGUGCUUUUGAGCUGUGGCGCAAACGCAGAAUGUCCAGUUAAAACCUUGAAAACCGAGUUCCGGCCAAUACACUUGGCUGCUCAUCUUGGUUUGUCAGAAACCCUUCAGUCCCUCAUUGAUUCGAGUUGUCAUAUAAACUCCAAGACUGACUGUGGUGACACAGCUUUGAUGAUUUGUGCGAAGUAUAAGCAUGAAGAAUGUCUCAAAGUGUUGACCAGGGCUGGAGCAGACUUUGGCUUAGUUAACGUCUCUGGUCAGUCCGCUAGUUCGAUUGCUGGUUCAAACCGAUGGUUCCUUGGGUUUCAGCAAACAGUGCUGGACGUAAUCAAGGGUCUAAGGAUCCCAAAGUCAAGCAAUUUAUCAGUUUUCUCUCCGUUGAUGUUUGUUGCCGAAACUGGUGACCAUGAGGUUCUAAAAGCUCUGAUUGGAAGCGGAGAAGUUGAUAUUGAUUAUCAGAAUGAGAAUGGUUUCUCAGCAAUCGUGAUUGCCGCCUUGAAAGGUCAUGUUGAAGUCCAUACCUUACAUGAAGCAUUCCGGCUGCUAGCUUAUGCCGGAGCUGAUGUUAAGCUGUUAAAUAAAUCUGGUGAGACAGCAAUUACAUUGUCUGAACUGAACCAGAACCAUGAUCUGUUUGAGAAGGUGAUGCUUGAAUUGGAACUCGAAAAGGGCAACCGAAAUGCUGGAGGUUUCUAUGCUUUACAUUGUGCUGCGCGUUACGGAGAUUUGGAUGCUGUUAUGUUAUUGACGAGCAGGGGAUAUGAUGUUAAUGUCCCGGAUGGAGAUGGAUACACCCCACUUAUGUUGGCAGCUAGGGAAGGUAAUGGACCCAUGUGUGAGCUCUUAAUCUCACACGGUGCAAAUUGUGAUUUCAAGAAUGCUAAAGGGGAAACCGCGCUUUCUCUAGCUCGAAAAACCACCGUCUUAAAAAAUGAUGCAGACUAUGUGAUUUUAGAUGAGCUCGCUCGCAACCUUGUUUUCGGUGGUGCCCGUGUCCUAAAGCAUACCAAGGAAGGAAAGGGAAAUCCUCACUGGAAAGACAUGAAAAUGGUUCGAAAUUCCGGACUGCUGCAGUGGGGAAAGUCAAGUCGACGAAAUGUUACAUGCCGAGAGGCAGAAUUGGGUCCAAGUGCAUCCUUCAGAAGGAACCGGCACAGCAAGGGUGAUGCGAACGGACCUGGAAUAUUCAGAGUGGUGACUACCACUAACAAAGGGGUUCAUUUUGUGUGUGAAGGCGGAUCUGAAAUGGCCGAGCUAUGGGUGAGAGGAAUAAAGCUUAUAACAAGAGAGGCUAUUUUUGGUAGCCAGAAAGAUAGUAGAGAGCAGUUAGGAAGUUAGGGUUUUAGAUGAUUGUAUAGAUGCUUGGAGUUUUACAUUUCGUACUUUAAAAGUAGUUGGAAUUCAUCGUAUUUUGCUGUAAAGGUUUUGAUCUCAGCUUACUAAACGCUUUGUCAUCUAAAGAUGAAUAAAGCUUAAACUG